AUGCCGAAUCUCAUUCAACGUACGCGAGAGAAGGCGAGGCGAUUCGCAAGAGCUAAAGAGGCUAAAAGCAUCUCAGUAGCGGAAUCUCCAGUACUCACUUCGCCCGAUGAAAAGCACCCAGUCGACCAACCAUGUCCCUGUGCAAUCUUGUCGAGCGGUGUGGACAACAACCACGACGACAACGCCGCUCACAAAGCACUGCCGGUGGAAAAUCCGGAUAAACAACUUCACGCCGAGAUUUCCCCAAGAAAAGAAGUACCUGAGACUCAGCCCGUGGUAUCAGAAUCAGCAACGAAGCUCUAUAUGUCCCCAAGUAUGCUCGCGGAGUUCGACGAUGAGGGUCCCCAUGGCUUUAUCCAUAACUUAGUCUAUGGUUGCAGCGAAGAGCCCUCUAACGUGGAUGCUACUCGUAUCGAAGCCGAAAGUGUUCUCAACACCCCUCAGUUGGCUAAAGAUGUCAAGCCGGACUUGAACAGGCCUAAAACCCCGCCCGAAACUUCAACCGGACAGCGAUGUAUCAUGAUCUUCAAGCAGACAAUUGGUACCAAGCAGCCAUCGAAACUUGAAAGAACCACGAGUGCACUGAAUAUGAAGGAACUGUGGGAAUCACCUAGUCUCGAACAUUCUAGUCUCGUCAAUGGGAUAGUCUGUAAAACCAACAAACCCGGUACCUUUGGUCACUACGGCGCUGAAACGCACCGCCUGAAAGAUCUUACACCCUACCUCUACCCUUUCACAAAUGCCGAACUUGUGGUAGAAUGGUCAGACCGGAAAAGGGAGAAAGUAGUGGCGAACAUCCGACAUGAGCGGUUGGGCUAUCUGGUCAAGUAUAACGGUGAGCCGACUGAGUACCGUGGUCCAGCGCUGCAGCAUCUUAUCCGGCAGUUGGAAGGGGAGUGGGAGAAGAAACAUCUCGUUGUGAAAAAGCUCACGUGCACUUAUAUUGAGUUUCUGCGGCUGUUGCGUGGCAUAUUGAGGUGGAUCAGGAGCUUGCUGGGGCGCAUAUGGACUUUGAUAGGUCUUGUGAAGAAGGAAAAGGAGACAUGA